AUGUUCGUCCCGGCCACCACAACCGUCAAGCAGGACAACGCCGCCCUGGUCCCACACUUCACCGAGCACGUCUACGCGACCAAGCACGGCGUCGAGCUCCCCCUGCGCGUGUGGCGGUCUACAACCGAUGCCAUCGACGAUGCCAACUAUGCCGACCCCUCAGAUCCCGCGGCGUACGACCUCGGCGGGUCCAGCACUGAUCUCCGCGGCUUGCAGACCCCCCACAACGAGCCUGGUAGUGGAAGCUGCACCCCCGCGCCCCCAGCCCCCAAGCCGUGGUUGCUGUGGAGCCACGGCGGAGCGUUCAUGGGCGGCAGCGUCGCGCCCGCGCCCUGGGUGCUGCCUGCCUUCCUCCCCUGGGCCCACGUCGUGAGCUACGGAUACCGCCUCGCGCCGGCGGUGGGAAUCGAUGAAAUGGCAGAGGACGGUGCCGACGCUGUUGCGUGGUGCCGUGCAAACCUGCCCGCCAUCCUCGACGACAUCAACAUCGAUGCCUGUAUCGUCGGCGGUCUCAGUGCCGGCGGUUCGUUGGCUAUCCUCAACGGCCUCCUUACGCCCCGCCCCCGUGUCGUCCUCGACGCUUAUGGCAUCGUCGACUUUGCCGACACCCACUUUGACCCAAAGUUUACUGGUCCCGGCUACGACCCGGGAUCCGUGUCUGGACGCUACAGCGAGGGCCAGCUCGAACACGCCAUCGCCGGUCGUGACGCAAGCACUGCGCUCACUGCCCUCCCCGGAAAUGACGACCCAGACGCCCAGGGUGCCGUCACGGCCGUCUACUCGCGCGUCAAGGAGAUGCUUGGCUGGACAGACCCGCAGGGUAUCGCAGCCGACGUCAAGGUCCAUGUGGCAGCCACGGGCCGCAUCAUGCGCGUCCUCACGCGCCGCGAAAAGCAUCCAGACAACGAUACGUGGCGUGUUGCCGCGACGCGCGCCAGCCCGAUCACCAAGGUCGACGAGCACUUCCCCGCGACUGUCAUCCUGCACGGUGUCGAGGACCGGACCGUCCCCGUCGACCAGAGCGCGCGCUUCGCCAAAGCUCUGCGCAACGUCGGCGUCGUGGUCAAGGAGGUGUAUGUGCCUGACGCGGACCACUGCUUUGACUUCACUUGCACCGGCGCCAACUCUCCCGGAUGGGACAACGCCAUUGCCCCGCUCAUCGAGUUCAUCCAGGAGCGUCUCGAGCUCGUCGAUGAGAGCCCCAGUCUUCUCGCGCCACCCAAGACCGUCUAA